UUAUUUAUUUGUUAAUUGUUAAAGUUAAAUAUUGCUGGUCAUAGUCAUGAUCAGUAUAGUGGGGACAGAAUUGAUGGGGGUUUAUAAUUGGUACUAAUUGAGUACUGAUAGCCAACGUUGCAUUGCAUGUCAAUUAGCAAUCUAACUCCAAGUGCUGGUAUGGUGUGCUAAGUGAACAAUGUCCCGGGGAUGGCACGACCUUUUGUUAACUAUUGAAGAAUGUCAUUAGUAGGUCGUAUAUCCCAUUUUAAGUAAUUAUCAUGUUGAGGUGACCGAAGCUCGACCGCUGGUCAGAUGACCAGCUACGUGGUCAACUUUUGGUCAGGUAAUGGGGAGACGUGGCGCUGUCGUGGCAUCUACGUCACGAUUCCUAUAAAAACAGCGCCCAUCUCGACUUAGAGAAAACGGGAGAACCGGGAGAGAGAGAGAGAGACAGAGAGCGGACAAAGCACACAGAGCACGGAGAGGGCUAAGACAGAAUGCUCCAAUAACGUCAUGAACGGACAUCUAUACUGAUGCCUCCGUUUGAACAUAUUUUGUACUAUUGUAUUUAGCAUUGUGUAAUGCUGAAGCUGUACCUGACUUAACGAUUUGGUGGCGGUAUGUCUCGUAUCCUGGUGUAAUAAACGAAUGAAUUGGAACCUGGGUUGAACUCUGUUUAUUUAAGCACACGUAGACACAUGAAGUGUUACACAAGCCAAAGGUUCACAGGGGCAGGAGUCGUAGUUUGACACACGUACACCGCGCGCCAACAUUAUCGACUGCAGGGCCAGCUCCCAUGCAGUGAAUAUUAGUCUGCAGAUGGGCUUCACUUAUAACGGCAGUUCGUUGUCAUGUGUGCGUUAAGACAUCAAUAGGAUACAGAUAGCUGGGAUUAGAGGAUAUUUUUCCGUAUCACUAACUUGCUCCAAAACUUAAUGAAAAUCUCAUCACGUGCCACACUCCAGCUAUUGUGAAUGACUUCAUCUUCCUAGUUCCAUAUUUAAGGCUGCUUGUUGACCACUGACCCAUGCUCAAAUUGUGAUGCAGACAUGUUUGCCAUGCACAGAAAGCUUGUCCGUUACGUUGUCCUAGUGCUUACAGUUUUUCUGUUAGUAUUUAUUAUUCUAAAAAGACAAAGUGUGCCUACAUCACUCUCUCAGUAUUGGUAUGAUCCGGCGCCUUUGACUUAUUCAAGUCGGGAUGGAAUUGAAUCAAAAAUCAAUGAAAAGUUGAAUCGUCCACUCAAAGGAGAAGCCUUUAGUCCAGUUAUUACACAGUUUUUAAAGGGAAAGGGCAAGUCAUCACCAGGACUAGAAAUUCAGACGCAAGCAGUCAGUUUAUUAAAAACAAGGGACACCUUGCUGACGCUCAAGGAACAGGAUAUGGUUCAGCAAUGCAAGCGUACAGCGAUUAAAGACAGGUCAAGAGAUUACGGCAGGUUCUUUAAUAAGGAAACAGAAGGAAUUCGUCGCACACACCAUACAUACCUAAACGAGAACUCUCUAAUGAUGGAGGUAGGAGGAAAUUGGGGAUGGGAUGCCGGGAACUUCACCAAACUCUAUAACCCAAGAUACAUCAUUCUGGAACCUUUGGAACCCUAUGUUGAAAUAUUGGAGAAGAAAUUUGAGAAUAAAUCCAAUGUUAAUGUAUAUAAUUUAGGCCUAGGAGCAAAGAACGAGACCAUAAUGGUUAAGAUUGAGGGGAACAAUGCGUGCGCAACAUCUAAAUUUUCUGGGAAAGGAGGAAAUGUUCCUAUCUUCAUCAUAGAGGCGACAUCAUUCAUGACAAGUCUCGGGGUAGGAGUGUUUGAUGUCGACCUCCUCACUUUGAAUUGUGAAGGAUGUGAAUUUGAGGCUUUGAACAAUCUUCUGAGUUAUAAUAUUAUAGAGAAUUUUAAGAACAUUCAGUGGGCUACUCAUAGUUUACUGAAGGGAGUGAAAGACCCGAUAGGACAGUACUGUAAGAUAACGGCUCUACUCUCACGCACUCACCGACCUACUUAUCAGUAUAAACUGAACUGGGAGAGCUGGCGACGAAAAGAUAUCAAGUAAAAACCUGAUAGAUAAUAUACAGGUUGGACGCGAGUGACAGGGUGAAAUUGUCUUGUGGGCAAUAUUUGAUUGAGGGAUUAAACGAGUUAGUUCUACAGAGGACAGACUUAUGGGUCCUCCAACAAUAAAAACCUGUGAAGUUCAGUUUAAUAAUGGCCGGUUAUACCAUCUGCGGGUAACUUUCAUCAUGUGAGUGAUUUUAUCAAUGUUUUUUUUUUUACCAUGGCGUAAUGCAUAAAGAUGUCCAUUGAUCUAAUAACAGUGAUUCUGUGUGCAGUUAACAAGUACACAUCUCGGUGUGUGUAUAUUAUUCACAGGUAUUUAUUCCAUUGCACUAUAUUCAAUGGCCACAAAUACAGCAAUCCAUUUAUACAGUUUCUCGGGAUUUGGUUUCGCUUUAUUCGCGGUCAUUACAUAAAGUGCAAAAAUAUUAAGCAUCAAAACGAUUAAGUACAUUCACAUUCCUUCGACAUGUGAUUUGGUUGUUGACCCUGUAAACAAGGAAUGAUGUAAUUUUUGGCUCUAAAAAAUCAUCUAAAAACAAAUUCUAAAUUUAGGGGAUUUUGUGAGAUAUGAUAUAAAAUAAUCAAAUGUUUUCACAGAUGGAAGUGUCUUCAGGUGAUAUUCUCAAAUUAUGAAUUUCAUUACCCUUGGGUCUCACAUUUCCCUGGCAGGGGGCAGAGACAUAUAUAUCUGUAUACAACUUUUAUAUGUCUCUGGCAGGGGGCCGGGGGAGUAAAUUUACAAUAAGUUUAUAUAGGGAAAUCACAUUUUUGAGCUUAAAAACUCCGUAUGGGAUGGCAUUUUGAUGGUAUGUAUAUAUAAUGGCCGGAGUGAGUGAGGGGUGGGCCCUAGUGUUGUCAGAUUUGUGCUGAAUUUUCCACAAUUUCAUUGCUUACAUUGUAUCAGGCUGUCAUGAUCAAAUGCUUGAUCAAAUGCAUGAUCAUGACCUUAACCUACUUUCAAGGUCACAUGACCCUGUUGGUGGGCAAAUGCAGACCCACUGGCCGCUUGUAAGAUUUAAUAAACAAGUACAAGUACAUGUAUAUUUAAUGUUGUGGUAAAUAAUGUUCACUAGUGUGAAAAUGUGUGAGUUAUAUGUAUGUUUCAUUUUUAGCUCACCUGCCCGAAGGGUAAGUGAGCUUAUGCCGUGGCGCGGCGUCCGUCGUCCGGCCGGCGUCAACUUUUCCAUUCA